CUCGUCGCGGUCGGGAUUCGCCCAUGCGCUGCGCUCGCCCCGCGGAACGUGCAAAAGGGUCAAAGCCCUAGCCGCCAGCAGUUCUCGUCAAGCCCGUGCCCCCUCCGCCUCGUCUCGUCCCUGCUCCCUCCUUUCCCACGACGCCGCCCUCGAGCCCGCGCCGCCUCCACCUCGUCUCCUCCCCGCUCCCUCCUCUACAACGCCGCCGCCAUCGAUGCGCCGUAAGGGACGCCGUCGACACGUCGGGGAUACGCAGCGACGGAGAGCCGGAGCACAGCAGAAACCCACUCCUAACCCUAUUCGCUCGAUUGACAAGAGCAGGGCAACGGAUUGGAUCGAGGGCGCCCUUGCCUCGCCGCCGCUGCACCUGGAUUCACUAGCCAGUGUGUGGAGUCGCCCUGGCCGCCGCGUCGAGUCACCUCCGUCGCCGCCGCGAGUCAGCUCCACCGUUGCCGCCAGGAAUCCCUUCCCGACAAGGAAAAUUCCUAGGGAUUUGAUUGAUGGAGGCAUCACUAUUUGGUGCUGGAUUAUCCAUUUUUGCAACACCAGCAAUGUUGUUUUUGUUUGGAAUGGCCAGUUCUCAAUUUCUAAAUCGGCCAUACUAUACUUCUUGUCAGUUAUGAUAUAUUUUUCAACUAUACAAGCACUUGGGGAAGUCAGGGAAACUGAACCAAAGACAAACACUUUUACUGAGCAUUGGAGAAACAUGUUUCUACGAAUGUGCCAAAACUGAUGGAUUUAACUACAGGUAUUGCACUAUUAUUCUACAGGUAUUGCACUAUUAUUCUACAGGUAUUGCUGUAUUGCAUUAUCCAACUGUAAGUCCGUUCUAAACUCUAAGCCCCAUGUAAAUCUGAUGGAAGAUUGGGCCAUUUAAUUUGAACCAAAAAGGGUGAUAUGCUCUCAGUUGCUUGAAUCUGUCCAGACCUGGAAAUUAGAUAUAUUUUGAAAGCUUUAUAUUGAGUAGGAGAUAGUUGAUAAAGGUGUACCUCUUGUAGGAGAUUAUUACUUGAUUACCUGCUUCUAUGCGGUGAACAAAUGAGUAAGCAGUUUUAGUUGAUAAAGGUGUAGGCAACACACCAUUUUUGUUCCAUUUUUUGGUUUGUAAGUCAAGGAUGUUUAGGCUUUCCUGAAUAUGUUAAUUGUGAAACAGUUUUGAUGCAAUUUUUGAACCAUUCAGUCUGUUUUGUUCGUGCAGUUCAUGGUACCACAUCUGCAGGCUACAUCUUGUGUAGAUUUGGCUACCACAUUAUAUGAUGAUGUUUCACUUUGCUCAGUCAAGGUUUCAGUAAAAAUUUGAAUUGAACAUAUUUUUGUAGACAUGCAAAAAUGGUCUGCAUUUUUUACAUCGCCCUGACAUCCAAUUCAAACUAUAUUUUCUGCCUAAACUGUUGCGUACCUAUGAGAUCAUGGGAUAACUCAGACAUGAGCCGGUGUCCAGUGCGCAGUUGGGUGCAUUAUUUCGUGACAUCCAGUGCUAACUGUUUUUUCAAGGCCACCCAAUGGAGUGAGGGUGAGUAAUGUGGCAUCAGCCUAUUCUGGACCCGUGUAUUAUUCUCCCUCCGAUCAAAAUUAAGUGUCGUGGUUUUAGUUCAGAAACCAUGCAUGACACUUAUUUUGGAUCGGAGGGAGUAGUAUUUAAGAGAUUCCUUGCAUACGCAUGAUUCAGAAAAGUACAGUGUGGGAUGCCAUUAUAAACUCAUGAAAUCUGAUCCUGAUAGUGACGUGAUUUACUCUGUUUGAUCAAACAGGUCGAAGCCAAAGUUGUUUUUAUUGGAUCUGAUGAUGUCCCUGCUGCUUGCUGCUGUAAGCAAGGAAAUUGACUACAAGUUUCAACGUCAACCUGAAUUUUUAUUGUGGAUGUUUGAGCGUGAACCUGAAUUUUGAAAAGAACUUUUAGGAUGAUUAGCUGUAGUACUAUGACAAAUAAUCAGGAAAGAUCAUUUUGUAGGAUGACAUUGUCUUUCAUAAUAAUAUUAUAGCUACCGGCCGAACAA